AUGUCUUUUUUGUAUAAUUCCUUCAUCCCUGAGGAAGCAAAGAGUUAUCAGCCAGCCCUUUAUCCUGUAUUUAUAAAUUUUAGAUUUCAAGGAUUGUGUCGAAUCGAUUUUGAUCUCCUUCGGCUGGGGAUGUCGACUGUAGUAAGUGAUACUGUGGUUAUAGGGCCCGGGCCCGGACCCGAUGGGUCACCUGUUAAUGGGACUGUGAGUAUGAUGUCGGGCCAAAUCGAGGUGGAGUUUGCGAAAUGCGAUUGCUGCGGGCUUACUGAGGAGUGCACCCAAACAUACAUAGAAACAAUCCGAGAAAGGUAUUGUGGCAAAUGGAUCUGUGGGCUUUGUUCGGAGGCUGUCAAGGAUGAAACAUUGCGUUCACCGAAGCUUAUAAGCCCGGACGAGGCAUUGGCCCGACACAUCAGCUUCUGCAGCAAGUUUCGGGCCUCGGGCCCACCUGAGGAUCCAACCGUUCAUCUUAUUCGGGCCAUGAGGCAGGUUUUUAGAAAGAGCCUGGAGAGCCCGAAAUCUACAAGGUCUUUGCCGAGUAGCCCGACGAACAAAAGAAGAGAUGAUUUAAAGGGCCCGGUUUUCGCCCGGUCAGAGAGUUGCAUGUCGAGUUUGACCCUAGUCGAGUCGCCGGUUUACUGUGGGGUUGAUGAAAGUUGUGAGUGA